AUGAGUGAUUUGUCCGGGCCGAUUAAAAUAGACGACAUUGCAAGCGGGCGAAUCGAUAGCAAAGCUAUCUUUGACGAGCUAGAGCGACUCAAAGCUGAAGUCAACAUCCUCAGAAAUGACAUGUCCUUGUUUCUCAAGCAGCUAGCCUCCAUUCCCGAGAAGCACAGCCAACAAGAAUACCAAAAUGCCCUUCAACAACGGCUCACCCAGGUGCAAAACACCAUCAAGGAGUACUGUGCUCGGUACAACCGCCUACUUCCUAUUAUCAACUUGUCUCAGAUCAAACUAGGGCAAGAACCUGAGACAAAUGCCAAGGCAAACGGCCUGCCGAAGAAACAGAACGUUUCACCACAGAAGAACGGCCAGAGGAAGAGUUGA